CCGUGUCUCGACAACUCUCCCGAGACGACGGCGAGACAAGGGGGGGAGGGAGGAAGGAAGGGGAUCGCCAUGGCGGCGUCGCCGCAGCAGCAAGGCCAAGGCAGCCAGGGCGGCUCCGGCGGCGGCGGGUGGUCUCCCGAGCAAUUCUGGUCGCUGCUGGACAAGGCGGACCGCCGCUUCGCCCGGGUGCGCGAUCUCCCCCUCCUCGGCCGCCAGGAGCCCGACGCGUUCGCCAAGGCCUUCCGCGCCUACACUCAGCUCUGGCGGAUGCAGCAGGAGCACCGCCACCGCCUCCUCGAGGCGGGACUCCGCCGCUGGCAGGUUGGCGAGAUCGCCGCCCGCAUCGCCCAUCUCUACUACGCCCAGUACCAGCGAACCGCCGACACCGCGCUCCUCUCCGAGGCGUUCGUCUUCUACCACGCCGUCCUGGACCGGGCCUACUUCCUCGACGCCGACCACCACCUCACCCCGGCCAAGCACCUCCGCUUCCUCGCCAGGUUCCUCCUUGUCGCCCUCCUCCUCGCCAGGCGCGCCCACACCGUCCCUCGCCUUGCCGCAGACAUCCGCGCGCUCCUCGACGACUCCAAAAAGUCAUUCCAAGAAGCCGAAUACAAGGAGUGGAAGCAUGUCGUGCAAGAGAUCUUGAGGUUUCUUCGAGCUGACUCGCCAUUUAUGAACAUGAGGCCGCUCAGGUACAGCUAUGCAUUUGAUCUGCCUCCGGACAAGCUUCCGACCGUACCGCCUACUGUCAAGAAGCGAGGUCUUGUCUUAAGUGACGCCAUACUAUGCAGCUACUACCCCAACGAGGUCAAAUUUACAGACCUCUCCAUAGAUGUAUUCAGAAUGCUUCAGUGCCUCGAAUGGGAACCAUGUGGUUCAUUUGCGCUAAACAAUGGUUACAGUGCCCACGAUGAAAGUGGACAAAAUCAACCCAAUCUCCUGAAGGAUCUAAGAGAUGCCGCACUGCCUCCAAAUCCACUUAAGACAAAUCUCAAUCGCCCUUCGGUGACACAUUUCCUAACAGUCCUGGCCACAAAAUGCGAGGAGCUUCCGUCGAAUGGUAUCAUGUUAAUAUAUCUUUCAGCUGCAGGUGAGAUGGGAACUUCUGGAUGCUGUCCUGAUACUGGUGAAAAGAUUGUGAGCAACUUUAGUAAGUUUGAUAUAUCCAGUACUAGUCAUACCAGUUCAAAGGAAGACAAAGAACCUUGCCUAUGGUUAGGCUGCCGAGAAACUGAGGGUUCAAAUUGCAUAUACCCCGGUGAUUUAAUCCCAUUUACAAGAAGACCCCUAUUUUUGGUGAUUGACAGUAGCAUCAGCUAUGCAUUCAAGUCUAUUCAUGGCAUUGAGAGGGGGGAGACAGCUGCCAUGUUACUCUCACCAAGUUCCCGAUCUGCUGCUGCGGGAUUCAGUGGUGAUUCAACUCGACACACUGGUAGUCAGUUUACUAUGUUCCUGACAGCUCCAUUGCAAGCUUUUUGCCUCCUGAUCGGCAACAAUGGGGCAGAUAUCAACAGGGAUGCUUAUAACAAGGCUGAGGAGUUAUUAUCAUCAUCCCUAAAUGAAUGGGCCACUACUUUAGUUGCAUCAUCUUCACUUCAUCCUGUUUGGGUUGAAGUCUUAAGCGAUCCACUCCUGAGACGGCUGCUUCUAAGGUUUAUCUUCUGCCGAGCAACCCUUUCCCUGUUCAAACCAACAAGCGGUAAGGCAGAAUUCCUCCCGACCUGCGUGCCUCCUCUGCCUGAGUCAGUCGAUGCAGAGAGCAUGCUCUCCCAAAGCUGUGUGAUGCGAUUCGCGUCACACUUCGGCUCUGCCAGCCAGUUCGCGCUUUCUGAGAUUACCACUUGGCCUGAUGCCGACGCCGAGGAGGCUGGUGCCAUCGGCUCAGCUGGCAGUGCCAACAGAGGUGUGCCUGAGACGGUCGGAGAUUCAGACAUCUCAUACUCGUCUACCUCAUCUUUUUGAUGGACGGCUAGGCGGCUCUGCGGCAGCAGCAGCGGCGCUACAUGAUCUGUUGCUAAUUGUUGCUGUGCCGGGCGUGCUCUUCUAAAGCUUUUGCUAUGUCAUCUGCCGAUGCGGACCCAUUUUGUAACUACCGGUGCCCCUUCGUGCUUGAUAUUACACCUCAAGCAGAAGUAGGAAUGGCUUAUCUUGUUUCUUUUUACUGAAUUUGUUAGUCGCUGGAACAUUCUGUUAUUUGUUACUGAGUUUGGAAACGUGGAGGGGCUGUGCGAGAAGAUUGGAAGUUUGCAUGGUUGAAAAUCUUUU